GGAGUCUGAAAAUCUGAGCACACCCGUAUAAAAUCCAUCACCUAUUCCGUCUUUGGUUCCAACCCCUUCUCUCUAAACUCUGAUAGUUCAGGAAGGGUAUUACUCGUCAUCUCACAUCAUCAUGUCAAAAGUUUAUGUUGGCGGUCUGAGUUGGAACACGACAGACGACUCCUUGCAUGCGGCAUUCUCGGAAUUUGGCAAUAUUACCGAUUCCAUCGUGAUGAAGGACCGUGAAACUGGUCGCUCUCGUGGUUUCGCUUUCGUCACCUUCAGCACAGCCGAUGAAGCAGAAGCAGCCAUCAGUGGACUGAACGAACAGGAGCUGGACGGUCGCCGGAUCAGGGUUAACUUGGCCAACGAGAGACCCGGUGGUGGAGGCGGUGGUUUCGGUGGUGGAGGAGGCGGUCGCGGUGGAGGCGGAUAUGGUGGAGGCGGAGGAGGCGGAUAUGGCGGAGGCGGUGGAUACAACGGUGGCGGCGGCGGCGGCGGUCGUUGGUGA